CACGCUGAGAACACGUUACGUCAGGGCAGGCAGGCAUGGCGGCUCUCAGUGUGGCUCGGAGAAGCUGCGGACUGAUCACCGGGUUGAGGACGUCUUUCAGGAGUUUUACACCUGUGAAACAUGGAGCAGUCGUUACCGGGAGCCUGCACCGGGACUCCCGCUGGUACUCCGUCAGCCAGCUGUCCGUUAAAGAGAGGAUUGAUAAGAAGCUGCAGGCGGCGCUGGUCGGAGGAGGUCAACAGAGAAUAGAUGCUCAACACAAGAAGGGUAAGCUGACAGCCAGGGAGCGAGUGGAGCUCCUGCUGGACCCCGAGUCCUUUGUGGAGUCGGACAUGUUCGUGGAGCAUCGCUGCUCUGAUUUUGGCAUGGAGCAGGAUAGGAACAAGUUCCCGGGUGACAGCGUCGUGACAGGCCGAGGCAGGAUCAAUGGCAGGCUGGUUUAUGUGUUCAGCCAGGACUUCACAGUGUUUGGUGGCAGUCUGUCUGGAGCUCAUGCACAGAAGAUCUGUAAGAUUAUGGACCAGGCCAUGAUGGUCGGAGCCCCGGUCAUCGGGUUGAACGACUCCGGAGGAGCUCGGAUCCAGGAAGGAGUGGAGUCUCUGGCUGGAUAUGCGGAUAUAUUCCUGAGGAAUGUGAUGGCUUCAGGAGUCGUACCUCAGAUCUCCCUCAUCAUGGGUCCCUGUGCAGGAGGAGCCGUCUACUCUCCCGCCCUGACAGAUUUCACCUUCAUGGUUAAGGACACAUCAUACCUGUUCAUCACAGGACCUGAUGUUGUGAAGUCCGUCACCAACGAAGACGUGACUCAAGAGGAGCUCGGUGGAGCCAAAACGCACACCAGCGUGUCGGGAGUGGCUCACCGUGCGUUUGAGGAUGACGUUGAAGCCUUGCUCAACGUGCGAGAGUUCUUCAACUUCCUGCCGCUGAGCAAUCAGGAUCCCGCCCCCAUCAGGGAGUGCCACGAUCGCAGCGAUCGUCUGGUACACUCGUUGGACACCAUCGUCCCGUUUGAGACGACUAAAGCCUACGACAUGUUGGACAUCAUUCAAGCAAUAGCGGACGAGAGCGACUUCUUUGAGAUCAUGCCCAACUACGCCAAAAACAUUGUGGUGGGAUUUGCCCGCAUGAACGGACGCACUGUAGGCAUUGUGGGUAACCAGCCUAAAGUGGCUUCUGGUUGUUUGGACAUCAACUCUUCAGUGAAGGGAGCCCGCUUCGUGCGCUUCUGCGAUGCUUUCAAUAUUCCCAUCAUCACCUUUGUGGAUGUGCCGGGCUUCCUGCCAGGCACCGCUCAGGAGUACGGAGGCAUCAUCAGACACGGAGCCAAACUGCUGUACGCCUUCGCAGAGGCCAUUGUCCCGAAAAUAACCAUCAUCACCAGAAAGGCUUACGGAGGAGCCUAUGACGUGAUGAGCUCCAAACACUUGAGAGGAGAUGUGAACUACGCCUGGCCCACAGCUGAGGUUGCCGUCAUGGGCGCCAAGGGUGCUGUUCAGAUUAUUUUCAGAGGGAAGGAGAACCAGGCGGAGGCAGAAGCCGAAUACGUGGAGAAGUUCGCCAACCCCUUCCCAGCUGCCGUCAGAGGUUUCGUGGAUGACAUAAUCGAGCCGUAUACCACUCGCAAACGGAUCUGCAGAGAUCUGGAGGUGCUGGCCAGCAAGAAGCAGAUCAACCCCUGGAAGAAACACGCCAACAUUCCUCUGUGAAACUCACCCAAACUGUGUCCACAUUAACUCUGUCCGUCGCUGUGGGAUUUUCCCUGAUGCUGACUUUACAUUCAAGUGAACUGCAGUGGUACCCCCGUGGUGAAGACUUGGGUAGCCUGCCAAGCAGAUGUUUGUUUUAGUCAUUUACCACUCCACUGAAAGCAGCACAUAAAGAUACACUACUUGAUUUUCUAAGUGCUUAAUAGCAGCCCCAAAUGUCCCUUCUAAAAACUGUAAACCUUACACUUCAGGGGAUCUAUUGGUGCUCUGUAUACAAAAUCAGCACUUGCAUCUUUACAACUUUACCACUGAUAUGAAAUGAUAAAAUCCUAACACAUUUUACAGUACCUGAACAGAAUGAUAGUGGGCACACACAUUUAAAGCAAUAGCCGCAUCAGUAGUGGCCAUAUUGGUCACUAUUGUUGGUAUGAUUUGACAUUUUGAGAACCAGAUUGUAUCUGUAAGGGUAAAUUACAACAAGCGAAAAAACACAAGCAACUAACAUAAUAGUACAGUACAGUAGUGGAAAUGCAGACACACUGCACUCUGCUGCCACGUACAGUGUUUCCACAGUAGUUCAUGUACUGUAUUUAGUUGUUGAGGUUUCUGGUGUGUACUGUAGUUUGAGCUUUCAGACCCUGUGUUUUUGUCCUCUGUUAAGCUCAAGAAAAAGUCGUUUUCACAACCUGGAAGUGUGCCUUUCCUCUCCGGCAGGAUCCGCUCUGCCGUUUGUAAAAUAAAUCAUGGACUCAA